AUUUAUGUAAGGCAAUGGUGUUACACAGUAACCUCGUUUUGUGUCUAUGGAAACGUCGCCAUAGGGGUGCUGCGACUAAUAUAAGGAAACUAUUAAUGUGCAGAUUUUGUGUUUUGUGACUCGCGUGGCGUUUAUGGAGUUUGCAGCGCGUGCAAAGCGGCGCAUUGGACUGGAAGCGGAGUUUGAACGGAAGGGAACACAUAAGUUAUGGCUGAUAAUGGAUAAUGCCAAUGGACAGAUCUGAUACGGAAUGUUUUAAAGGAGACAUAUGAGACACGAGAGCCUAAAUUAAUACAAGUGUGGUUGAAGAGAAACGGAAGUGAGCAGAUGUGGCUGAAGAGGGCACGAGACUCUGUCAUCUAAAUGGUCCGCGCGGUGCCAUUACUGCACUGAAAAGUCCACAACUAUCAUUUAUCAGUCUAGACAUUAUUUUGGUCAUACAUCCCAUAGAACAUGGAGCUGCUGGAGUGUCCGCUGUGUCUCCUGCUGAUGUGCGAGCCGGUGACCGUACCGUGCGGUCAUACGUACUGCCGGAGGUGCGUCGGGGGUUACCUCCCGUCCAAGUGUCCGCAGUGCAAAGAGAGGUUAAAACAAAGAGAAGUGAAAAGCAUGAAAAACAACGUACUGCUCAUAAGGGUCGUUGAGAAGUGCUGUCCAGAAGAAACGAAGAUGAAGUGCCAUAUACAGGACAAGCUCAAAGCCAAGGAGUUCACUGAAGCUUUAAGCAUCGCCAACGGAGGGGUCGACUUAGACCCAGAUGAUCUUAGUUUAAAGGUGUACAGAGCGGAGGCUAACCUGGGCCUGAGGCGUUUCUCUGAAGCUCUGACAGACCUCGACUACCUCUGCUGCCUUCGUCCCAACUGGACUGAGGGUGUCUUUCGUAAAGGGAAUGUACUGCUGGAAAUGGGUCAGCAGACUGAAGCCCUCAUCCAGUUUCACCGUUGCCUAAAACUUCAAGCCGACUUUGCUCCUGCAAAGAGCCAGAUAAAGCAGAUCCUGGAGGCGGAGGGCAUAUCAGCGCCAGAGGAAGUGUCCUGCAUGUUGCAGGUUGUGUCGGACUACCUGAGAGAACCCUGCCCUAUUACCAGCCUUAGUGGCUCCCAGGGGCUGUCGUCCUACCAUGAGGGCCUCAAGCAUCCACAAGGGGACGACCGAGAUGCAAAAGGCAGGAGAGAGGCUCACCAGGCGUCCAAGGUGAAGCAUGACGUAGGGACAGAGUGCUGCCUCAGCCUCUGCCAAGCUGUUUCCUUCCUCCCUGCUGCUGAGGACGAUGAGGAGAUGAUGAUGAGGAAGGAAGACGGGGAUCGCAGAGGUGAAAACAGUCUCAGCAGAGAGAAAACUCUGGGUGUUCUUACUGUGUCAGACUUUGAGUGCCCACUCUGCAUUAGGUUGUUUUUUGAUCCAGUCACUACUCCAUGUGGUCACACCUUCUGUAAAAACUGCAUAGAGAGGAGUCUGGACCACACCCUCCGCUGCCCGCUUUGCAAGCAACCACUGCAAGAGUAUUUUAAAAACCGGAAGUACAACCCCACUGUCCGUGUUCAGGACAUCAUGACCCGCCUUUUCCCCUCCCAGAUGACUGAAAGGGAACAGAUCCAUCAGGCUGAGAUGGCUGAACUGUCCAACCUCACUAAGGACAUCCCUAUAUUUGUUUGCACCGUGGCUUAUCCGGGAGUGUCCUGCCCACUGCACAUCUUUGAGCCUCGGUACAGGCUGAUGAUGCGUCGCUGCAUGGAGACAGGCACCAAAAAGUUUGGCAUGUGCAGCUACGAGCACGGAAAAGGGUUUGCUGAUUAUGGCUGUAUAUUGGAGAUUCAUGAGCUGGAGCUGCUGCCUGAUGGUCGGUCCUAUGUGGACACAGUGGGCGGCAGCAGAUUCAGGGUGUUAAAGAGAGGUCAGAGAGAUGGCUACCACACUGCAGAUAUAGAGUACCUGGAGGACCGCAGGGUUGAAGGCAGUGAGUUGGAGGUUUUGCAUCGUUUGCAUGAUAGUGUGUACCAGCAGGCUCAGGACUGGUAUCAACGCAUCAGCAGGAACGUCCGCGAACAGAUCGAGAGGCAAUACGGCACCUUACCAGAGAAGGAAGAAGACAUUCAGGCCUCGGUUAAUGGUCCGGCUUGGUGCUGGUGGCUGCUGUGUGUCCUCCAGCUGGACCCGACCUAUCAGACCACUCUUCUGUCCCUGACGUCACUCACAGACCGCCUGGGUCACCUCCGCCUCAUCCUUGAGUUCUUCUCGCCCCCGAGCUAGACGCCCACAGCGAACCCACAGACAAACAGAGUGAAACCAAUGAGCGUACUGACAUGGCAGAGAUCGGGUUGGCUUUUGGACUUUUCUGAAUCAGGAAGGGGCUGUUUUAGUGCCACAGCUCAAGGCCAAAUCAUCUGGUUGAUCGUAGAAAGACGACAAUUUAUUAGAAAACACAGUGCAGCUUUACUGGAUGAAGGAGGAUUUUUUUUUUUGUGGUGAUGAAGUCAAAUCUUUCCUAAACUGUUUUCACAUUUUCUGAAUUCUAGUUUCUUAACACACACUGACUUACAGUACUGGUAAAUACCACAGGGUUGACCAAAGACGUGUCUAAUUAAGGGCGGUCAGAUGUGGUAAACUACAAUUUAGGCAUUAAACCCACACAAACUUACACAAAAUAAACACUAGAUGUCACUGUUUCCACUCUAAAUGUCUCAUAAUCUUAAACCUCAGCACAGUGUCCAGUAAAUCUGUUUCUGUCUUUCACGUAGUACUUUUGGUGUGUAUUAACAGAACACACACACAUUUUUUUCUUUUAGAUUUUAAAGGACUAUGCAUAGAGGGGUUAAAGUUUAUCCGCUGUUGGUAAAUAUAUUGGAUAUAUUGGAUUGGCUUGUGAUGAAUGGCACUCCUUGUAAUGCUUGUAUUUUAGUUGUAUCUCUUGGCCUUGACGCCCGUUCAUUAUGGAUGAUUUUAUUGCAAUAAUAAUUUAUAGUGUCACACAGAAUGGCGUCCACUGAGGAUCCCUUUUUAAUGAUCCCUUUUAAUGCAGGCUGUGGAUACAUGAGAUGAGACCAGUGAAUGUGACGCAGUGGCAGUGCAGCUUUGUGUUACAGUGUGAACUAGUGUGAAUAUGAGCAAAUAAGUGUAGCUGCUGCUCUGUAUGUGUGUAUGUAUGGAUGAAUGUUGGAUGUAAUGGAGUCACUUUUGUCACCGGCCAUCUUUGUUAGAUGAUAGUUCAGUGUUGACAGCUGCUGUCAUCUCUUUAUCCACAUGCAGACUUUAUUAUUAUUAUUAUUAUUAGCUAAAGCAUCAGUCCCAGUGUUUUCCAUCUGUGUGUAAGUUGUUUGCAUUGCCCUAAACUGCAGAUUCUAUCUUUUUGAAGAGGCCUGACCAGUCUCCCCACGGCCCCUCUGUGUGGGCCACAGAUCUAUCUACCUCUGGCCCAGUGUCACCCUGUUUGUCUGGCCUCGUCUACUACCACUCAUGGUGCGUUCGAGUGCCUCGGCCAACUCACAAGGAGACCUGCAAGUCUUACCGUCUAUACGCAACACAGAGGGCGGAACCGUGAUUCUGCCAUUGAAUUGUACUCGUAGUGCUACAUUCCAUGGAAUGUUGUUCAUUUACUUACAUUUAUGGGCUUGACUAGGGUCAAAGAAAAAGAGCAGUUGUGUUUUUUUUUUUACUUUGAUAAAUGUGCCAUUGGUAUUUCUAUGUUAUGCAUUUUAUAGAAAUAGUUUAGCUUGUUAUUGUGUCUGUUUGUCUACUGCAUCUUCAUGCCUGUUGUACGGUGGACAGUAAACUACUAUCACAGUAAACAUUUAUACAUACAUCCUCUAUAAUAUACUGCAGGUGUGGCAUUUUAACAUAAUUUAAUGAUACGCACAAAAAUAUCACUAGAAGUGAAAUGAUGGGCAUCCUCAGUCGCCUCACUGACGGGCUAACAUCUGAACUUUAACCUGGGAAAUUAAAAAAAUUGCUUUUAUUUUUCCUCAAUAUGUGUAUGUUGUUUGAAUUCCACAGAUUUGAAAGUUUGUAGACUAAAAAAAAUUGAAAAAUGCCUGUUAUGGUAAGAGAUUUACAGUAAUUGUUGACUUCACAAAGAACUAUAAGAUCAAUUUCCUGCUUUCAGAAGCUUACUCAAAUGAAAAAGGGAGAUUUUACAGUUGCUGAAUAACUAGACGCACAAGCAGUUAUGAUAAAUAAAGCACGGCAAUGCAAAAAAAAAGAAAAAAAAAAAAGAAAAAAGUAAAUACCACAAUUUCACAGCCCUGUCUCUUCUUACCAGAGAAGAUUUUGCACAUUGUAACUCUUAACUCUGCGUUUUCACGUGUAGUUUCUAACACUAUUUCUGUGUUUUGUAAAUGGUGCAUAUUUUUGGUAUGCAAAGACACCACCUUCUGACUAAAUACAAUAAUAAUGUAGUGAUCAGCAUCAAUCGGCCUUACACUCACUUAAGCCAUUGCAUGAUUUGAGUUUGACCGAGUAUGUUCAGUGAUUCCAUCCUUGUGUUUUUAGGAGCGGUCUAUGAAACUGGAGGAAUUUCAGAUGUUCGAACUUGGUGCUGCUAAUGCCUUGCAGUGUCGUCACAAUCCUUCAUCUGGUUUCAGACUGCAGCUCUGUCCUCUUUUGUACCCUGGCAGAUGUCCAUUAGCCUUAGUCGCAGUAUAAUUGAGCUUUCAGAAAAUGACCUCAGCACCGUUAAAACAAUUUGCACUGGAUCCAUACUGUUUCUAAUGCGACGUGCAGCGUAAUAAUCCAAGUCGGCCGCUCUUCGAAGUAAUUCCCCUCGAGAAUGAGUUUUCCACUUGUGUAUUUGAGUAAGGCUGUGAACAACACCAUGGUAACGUGUUCCUGCUAUGUGCAGCUUGCAGGAAAUGUUGGGCGCUGUGGUUUUAGGCUGUGUGAAGUGGAAGCGGCCUUUUGUUGUUGUUCUCCGCACAAUGUUCAACACCAAGAACAGUCGAAGCAAUUUCUGAAAUUGUAUUCUCUUGCAUUCAGUCCUGGCCUCCUCUGUGCCAGGAGCAGUAAAUUAUCUCCAUUUGAUUAUUGUUUACUCGCUUGCCCCUUGGAUGACUUUUUCAAUGCUAUUAUGAAUAAAGAUUUUCAAAACAAA